CCUUCACUCUGAGGAAAAUGGUAUCGUCCAUGAAUCCAACAUGGAGGCUCUGCUGUAGUGAGUCCAGAGUUUGAGUUAAUAACAGGGUUAAGAACUGGUGAAUCAGUUCCUGGAGAGGAGACAGAGUCCUUCAUAGAGACACACAUGAAGGGGACGGAGGAGGGGUUCAGUUCGGAGACUUUUUAACCUAAAGCUGAAAACAGAUGGACCCGGGUCAAAUCUCCUGGGUGUAUGGGGAAGUCAGCGGCGUCCCUACCCCUCUUUAUGCACAGGUGAAGGAGGAGCAGCUCCCAGAGGUCCGGAUCUACACUGUGGGUGUAGACUGGAGUCAGAGGGAUUCAGUCCGAGGCUCCAGACUCACCUACACGCAGCAGUGGACUUUUCUAUCAGACAAUAAUGACCACAGGAGCAUCAGGACGGCCCUCCCACCUGGACCGUGUGUACCUGUGUCUGCAGAGUUGAUAAGUGGACUUUCUCCCAUUCAAUGUCUUCGGGCUGUUAUCAGGGAAAUAUCUGGCCACCAGCUCUUAGAGAUUUGGGAUCAACACGGUCUCAGCAAAUGUCUCAACCUGACUCUUCUCAACAAACACGGCAGAGUGUAUGACAAUGCUCACUUUGGAUGUCUGGCUUGGUCAGAGUGUGAGAAGAAACUCCUGUAUGUAGCUGAGAAGAGCAGGAAUGCAUCAACGGAAUUUCAGGACAGAAAUGUGUACAGUGAAGACUGGGGCGAGGGUCUGACCAAUAGGAGCGUGCCUGUGCUUUGUGUGGUGAAUCUGCAGAGUGGCUCGGUCAGCGUGCUGCAGGGCGUCCCCAGUGAUGUCUCACCUGGACAGGCUCUGUGGGCUCCUGGUGGUCAGUCUGUGAUUUUUGUUGGUUGGUACCACAAACCUUUCAGACUUGGACUGAAGUUCUGCUCAAACCGCAGGUCAGUGUUGUUCAAGCUUCACCUGGAUGGAAACUGUGAGUGUUUAUCAGGCGACAACCUGUCAGUGUCCUGCCCCAGGCUGAGUCCAGACGGGUCCACGCUGAUCUACCUGCAGGGUCAAGUGUUUGGCCCUCACAGCCAGUGCCUCAGUCUUCAGCAGCUGGACCUGAAGAGUGGGAAAACUUCCACACUGUUGGACGUUGUCAACAGACCACUGCCGGGUGAGUUUGCAGGUGUGUAUGAAGCCCUGGCCUCCUGCUGCUGGUCUGCAGACAGUCAGAGAGUGGUCUUCAGCAGUGCCUGCAGGAACUGGAAGGAUCUGUUUCUGGUCGACAGGAGCACAAACAAAGUUACCUCCCUCUCUGAUAAACUUUCUGAUCUUUCCAAAAUCUACGGCAGCUGGAAACUGCUGACAGUCCAGAGGGACCUGAUGGUCGUCUGCUGCUCCAGCCCCAACACGCCUCCCACUCUGAGGGUGGGUUUCCUCCCAACAGCAGGGGAGGCUGUGACCUGGCACACAAUGCAGAAGCCCAUAACGACCUGUGACUUCCACUGGACAGUUCUAAAUGUUACACCGCCACCAGAGGAGGACAACAGACACUACUCUGGUUUAGACUUCGGUGCUGUCCUGGUUAAACCGUCUCAUCCCUUGAAAGAGGCUAAGAUACCUCUGGUCGUCUUCAUCCAUGGUGGUCCUCACUCCCAGUUCCCUGCAGAGUGGAACGGCACCACAGCUGGACUGACUAAACUCGGCUUUGCUGUGCUCAUGGUGAACUACAGAGGAUCCACAGGGUUCGGUCAGGACAGCAUUCUGUCGCUGAUUGGUCGGAUCGGAAACCAGGAUGUCAAAGACGUGCAGACGGCUGUGCUCACUGCGCUGCGCUCGGACAUCACCCUCGACCCCAAACGCUUGGCCGUGAUUGGUGGUUCUCACGGGGGUUUCCUGUCCUGUCACAUGGUUGGUCAGUACCCAGACUUCUACAGAGCAUGUGCAGCCAGGAACCCUGUCAUCAAUGCUGCUACUUUACUGGGAACCAGUGACAUAGUAGACUGGCGUUACAGCUGUGUGGGCCUUCAGUACUCGUAUGACCAGAUACCCACGGCUGAAGCUCUGGCUGUGAUGUUAGAGAAGUCCCCGAUCACACACGCUGCUCAGAUCAAGGCUCCUGUACUGCUGAUGCUGGGGGCCAGAGACAGACGGGUGUCUCCUCACCAGGGUCUGGAGCUUUAUAAAGUACUGAAGAGCAGAGAGUCUCCUGUCAGAUUGUUGUGGUUUCCAGAUGAUGGACACUCUCUGUCCCGAGUUGACACACAGGCCGACUGCUUCCUCAACACAGUGCUGUGGCUGAAACAACAUCUCUGAACACACACACACACACAAAUACACACACACUUACAUGUCAAAAAGUGACUGAAACUUCACUGAGGGACUUCUGCUGAACCUCCGUAUUAAAGACGAUGAGUCAGUUUAUUACCACAGCAUUCGACAAUCUUGAAGCUGCCACUGCCUUUUUGAAACAAACCACACAUUCUGUAUGUUACUUCUUUUUGUAAAAAUAGUUUCAAAUCAAAUCAUGAAAUAAAGUGGAUUUUAUACAUCUGUAGUAUGAUGAA